UCACACGGUUGCACGCCUCUCUCCUUGAGCAUUCGCUAGGUGACGCGCUCCAUCCCAAGAACCCAAGUCACUCAUGAGCCGGUUCCACCCUCCGCGAGAUGAUCAUUUUCUGGUCAUCCACAACAAGAACUGCUGUGUGUUCCGGGAUGACUUCAUUGCCAACGUGCUGCCAACGGUGUUGGGGCUGGAGUUCGUCUUCGGGCUCCUGGGCAAUGGCCUGGCCCUGUGGAUUUUCUGCUUCUACCUCAAGUCCUGGAAAUCCAGCCGGAUCUUCCUGUUCAACCUGGCGGUGGCUGACUUUCUCCUGAUCAUCUGCCUGCCGUUCCUGACAGACAACUACGUGAGGAAGUGGGACUGGAGGUUUGGGGACGUCCCCUGCCGGAUCAUGCUCUUCAUGCUGGCUAUGAACCGCCAGGGCAGCAUCAUUUUCCUCACGGUGGUGGCCGUGGACAGGUAUUUCCGGGUGGUGCACCCGCACCACGCUCUGAACAAGAUCUCCAACCGCACAGCGGCCGUCAUCUCCUGCGUCUUGUGGGGCAUCACCAUCGGCCUGACUGUGCACCUCCUGUACAGACAGAUGCUCACCCAGAACGGCAACGCGUUUCUGUGCAGCAGCUUCAGCAUCUGCUACACCUUCCGGUGGCACGAUGCCAUGUUCCUCCUGGAAUUCUUCCUGCCCCUGACCAUCAUCCUGUUCUGCUCGGCCAGAAUCAUCUGGAGCCUGCGGCAGAGGCAGAUGGACCGGCAGGCCAAGAUCAAGCGGGCCAUCCGCUUCAUCAUGGUGGUGGCCAUCGUCUUCGUCAUCUGCUUCCUGCCCAGCGUGGCCGUGAGGAUGCGCAUUUUCUGGCUCCUGCACAGCGCAGGUACGCAGGAUUGUAACAUCUAUCGGUCGGCUGACCUGGCCUUUUUCAUCACCCUCAGCUUCACCUACAUGAACAGCAUGCUGGACCCUGUGGUGUACUACUUCUCCAGCCCAUCUUUUCCCAACUUCUUCUCCACAUGCCUGGGCCACUGCCUCAGGAAGAAGACUCCGGUGGAGCCGGACAAUAACCGGAGCACAAGCAUGGAGCUCACUGGGGACCUGAGCACCACCAGAAGUGUCCCAGACCCUUUAAUCGGUGACUCCGUGGAGCCCUUGAGCCCCUCAUACCUGGCCCCAACCUGUUUAAACAACUCAGCUGAGAAGGGAGAUUCUCACCAAGAACCAAGAUCUUUGAAAAAACAGUUCUGCCCUUGCACAGAGUAACAUCACUGGACUUGGCCUGAGGUUUCCUGGAACUUCCCGAUUCAGAGAAUCAGGAUUUAGCCAAGUGGUGUGGUCAAGUGGGCAAAUCGGUUGUCAGUCGUGGCAGCAGAAACCUUGGGAGAACGGAGAGUACAGCUUCUAGGCUUCUGAGACUUCUGCUUCAUCUAUGCCUCUGAAGAGGGCAAGAUUUCCAUUUUUGCUCAGCAGAGAUGGAGACACAGAGAAGCCUCUUGGCACCUGGCUCCUUCCUUCACCUGCCCGAGACUUGAAGGGUACUCAGUUUCUGGAGCAAUAUCUAAAGUGUUCGUGGGCUCCAGCUGGGAGAAGGAGGGCCAAGCGAUAGGAGGGGAGGAGGUUUCUCCUGGGAAGGAGCCCAGACACCAUGAAACCAUUACACAAGCCAGGCUACCUGGCUUCAGCAGGACCAGUUCAUCUCUCAGCCAAACUGUAGCAGAAAAGGACCGGGCAAAGAGACUCCUGAGCUGUGGUUAUGGUUAAUGUCUGAGUUUCUAGUGGUGGUAAGAAUGGGCUUAGUCCCAGGAGGGACUAAGCUAAACAGUGUUAUCAAGGGAAAGGAAAUGGCAUUUAUGCUAAAACCAGCGACUAAUACAUUCCUCUAUUGUUUACACUAAUUUGAGAUUUGAGCAGCGAAAAAGCUUCAAGGAAGAAAGCUGCUUCCUACUGCUGUUUGCUUUUACAUUAAAAGGGAAAUGUGCUGCUCUCCAAUGGUUAAAGUGGGGGCCCCUGAUUUCUCCUGGUCCAUUUGCUUACCACUUUUGAGUUCUGUACUUACUACUAACUCUCCCACUUCAAUAAACUUUGAAAAGAGACAGUCUGGUGUUGCAUGUAUCUGGGCUAUGGUUCAUGGAAAUGGACUGCUUAUUUAAGCAGAGACCUUUAUGGGUUGUUAACUGUGUCCUGGGAGGAAAAUCCCAAUACUUUAAAGGGAGAAAAUGACUCGGAUGCUGAGCUACAUUAUAAGAGGCUAAGUAAAUAUUACAUAUGAGUUGGGACCAGGAGAAAAAAAAGCUGGGAUUAAAUAAAAACGAUUUAAUUUGGAAGGGUGGUACAGACAGAAUGGCAGGGGCAUUUUAAAUUUUAUUUCAAAUUUGGUGAAAGCUGCCAUUAGUAUUUGUGUAUUAAAAAGGAAUCAGGGCAGAGUGGGAUUUGUCUGCAGGAGGGGGAAGAACGAGCUUCCUAUGGCAUGGUUUCACUUCCCAGUU